AGGACCUGCCCGAACUACCAAGCGGCGCUGACUGGGAGAAAGACGUUUCGGAACUGCCGGACAAAAAGGUGCAUCUGCUUGCAGAAUUGCCGUCGGCAACACAAUACGCUGAGCUUGAAGGCGACAGCCACCCUGUGCCUCAGUCAUGCAAUACGAUGAGCGCUGCUACUCACGCCAAAGUGCAUCAGAACAUAAGCCAUGUGUGAUCUAUGCGAUGCGAAUGGUAGCAGACUUGCGGUGAGAGGAGAGCACAGGAGAGGACAAGUGAUGGGUGGUGCUUGCAUAACACACACACUUGUGAGGAUGUUAGGGUAGGGUAGGGUGGGGUGGGGUGGGGUGGGUGCGGUGCGGUGCGGUGCGCAGUUGCACGAUCGAAGCGUGGCGUGGCAAGAAUGACACCCAAAGCGGACUGCCGAUCGAUUGAGCUAGUCGGUCUUAUCGCCGCCGACAACGUCACUAUGUACAUCACCAUCCCCGCAUGAUCCAGCCCUCGAUGCAACAUUGCGCACGCGCUAGUGGGCUGGGGUCGAGUCGCACCGCAACACUACCUGGUCUGGUCGCCAUGGCAUGCGAUGAAAAAGAAGGCAUUGGAUCCGGUGCGCAUCCAGAAGAAGCAGGCAGUCGCCGCUCCGGUAGCGUCCAUCGGAUUGAUAACGAGCACUGACGAUCGUUUAUAAUCUCGUCUUCAGAAUGCCCGUGUCCGCAGUGCUCAAUCAAUGUUCUUUGCCUUCACAUUGCGUCAACAACAAUGAUCUUCGACCGAACUUUUGCUGCCGCUGCCGCUGCGUGCCUGCUCUCGACAGCUUCGUUGGCAUCAGCGUCACUGGGUCCGAGAUUUCAUCUUCACCCCAAGCAGGAGCAUGGCAAGCGACAAUAUUAUCCCAAGGAAGCAAGCAAUGUCACAACCAUCACCACGCCCACGGGAGUCAAAAUUCGAUACAAGGAGCCUGGCAAUGACGGCGUCUGCGAGACUACACCAGGCGUGAACAGCUAUUCUGGUUAUGUCGACGUAGCACCAAAUAUCCACGUCUUCUUCUGGUUCUUUGAAAGCCGACGCGAUCCAGCUGCCGACGACUUCACUCUGUGGCUGAAUGGAGGACCGGGUUCUGAUUCCUUAAUCGGACUUUUUGAAGAGCUCGGACCUUGUAGGAUUUCAGACAACCUCACCAGCUAUCUCAAUCCAUACAGCUGGAACGAAGUCAGCAAUAUGCUCUUCCUCAGUCAGCCAGUCGGCGUGGGAUUCAGCAAUCAGAAAGAAGGGGAGGGCACUUACACCAAUUACACAGGAAGCUAUCUUGAUGCUUCUCAGGCUGCACAGGCAGGAUACACCACAGAUGAUCUAGCCCGCUUGCCGCUUCUGGAUCCUCUUUAUAAAGGCGAGAUUGAUACCACAGAAUUGGCCGCCGCUGCAGCAUGGCAGGUCUUCCAGGGCUUCCUGUCUGGACUGCCACAACUUGGAGGAAACGAGGCCACUAGCCCGAAGAAAUUCAACUUGUGGACAGAGAGCUAUGGAGGCCAUUACGGUCCUGCUUUCUUCGACUACUUCUACAACCAGAACGAGCACAUCAAGAAUGGCAGCAUUUCGGGCUAUGAAUUCGAUUUCAACAACCUUGGCAUAAUCAACGGUAUCAUCGACGAGCGUAUACAAGCAGAGUAUUAUCCAGAGUUUGCGGUCAACAAUACCUACGGCAUCAAGCUGUACAACGACACGGUGUACAACUACGCUCAUUUUGCUACAUUCAUGCCCAAUGGAUGCUAUGAUCAGAUCGACACCUGCGUGGCAGCCGCACAAGAUGUACUUGGCGGCUUCGAGAAUGGACUCAUUACCAAUGCUGCACUCAAAUUCCCAGCAGUUUCGGGGCUAUGUACCAGCGCUGGCAACAUGUGCCGAGACAACGUUGAAGGUCUUUACUACUCAUUCGGCGAUCGUGGCAUCUACGACAUUCGCCACCCAAGGGACGACCCUACGCCAGAAGAAUAUUUCGCCGACUACCUUAAUCAAGCCGAGGUUCAAGACGCCAUCGGAGUCGAUCUCAACUACACCACUUCAAACGGGGAUAUCUACUACAAUUUCCAGGACACUGGAGACUUCAUCUUUCCAAAUUUCAUGCGACACCUCGAAAAUAUCCUUGCUAGUGGUGUGAGAGUGACUCUGGCAUAUGGAGACGCAGACUACAUCUGCAACUGGUUUGGAGGGCAAGCUAUCUCUCUAGCCGUCAACUACACCCACAGCAAAGAGUUCCGCGCUGCAGGGUACGCUCCAUUCCUGUGGUCUGAUGCCAACUUUCAGGCUGGUGAAGUUCGCGAAUAUGGUAACUUCAGCUUUGUUCGUUUGUACGACGCUGGACAUGAGAUUCCUUAUUACCAGCCAGGACCUUCACUCGCCAUCUUCAACCGCUCAAUCAGCGGUCUAGGUAUCGCUGAUGGCAAGGAGAAGGUGACGGCAAACUAUACGACCACCGGCAAUGCCAACACCACCCACACGCACAGCCUCAUUCCGCUCCCACCAACGGAAACUGCGGCCUCUGCUUCUUGGAGUGCGAGCGUCAUUGCAAGCUACUCAAUUUACGACCAGGCUCCUGAGCCUACUGCCCCUUCUACGAAGCGAUUCAUAGCGUGAUUGAGAAAUCCUCCGCGAGGCAUGACAGCAUGAAUGAACGAAAUUGCAUAUCAGCAGGAGCAGGAGCAUUGGCUGAACAGGAAGCAGGCUCAUGAUAUCAAAAUAUGACAGUACCAACGACAAGACUUAUGACAUUGGACAGAAUCAAAACUGAAGAGAAUCCCAUUGGCG